AUGCGCAACAGUCAACAGUCACGAUAUAUUCGAAUGUCAUGUCAUAAGACAUGCGAUUUGCGAAUGGGAUAAUUGAAUGAAAUAAAAAUGUUUUAAUGAUCUUGACGAUAGUAAAUUAUUCCUCGAUAUGACUCGAACGCGUGAAUGUGAUAACAACAAAAGUGAUAGUGUGUAAUUUACCGUAUACCCGUAUAGAAGAAUAUGUGCUGAUUUUGUGUAAGGUGCAAUAUCUAGAACCAUGGAUUUACGAAAAUUUCUUUUUUGUACCAUAUUCUGUUUUGUAUUAUUCUGGAAUAUUGCUUCUCUGGAGAAUGCGAACGGCACUAAAGUAACAAAUGCAGAAGUACAAGGAAAACCAAAUGUUUCUUCGACAACUCCAAAGAAUGAAGUUCCUUGGACAGAUGUUAGCCCUCUUGUAAAUCAUGUUACUCCGUCAUCUAAUUCUAGUGUAAUUUCAACUACCGCAAAACCUAAUGUAUCAAUUUCAAAUAACAAUGAAAGUAACCUUGUCCAGAUUGACAAAAAUAAGUCGCUCAACAUAAGCACAACUGCGACUCCACUUCCAACAACUGGUAACAAUACUGCGAGCAAUGUUAGUACUCCUACACAAACUGUAGACCCAGUUCCUGUAUUACCAGACAAAGAAGCUGCGGAGGAUGAACACAACAGUUCGAUGGCUAUUUUCUUUGUGCUGUGUGUACUCGCUCUUGGUAUUUUACUGAUACAUCUUAUGCUUCAAACUGGUUUCCAGUAUGUUCCGGAAAGUGUGGUAAUAGUAUUUUUAGGUGCACUUAUAGGUCUCACUAUGAAUGCUCUCUCUGACAGAAAUAUCAGUAACUGGAGAAAGGAAGAAGCUUUUUCACCCACAGCUUUUUUCCUAAUUCUCCUACCCCCGAUUAUAUUCGAAUCUGGUUAUAACUUACAUAAGGGCAACUUCUUUCAAAACAUUGGAUCUAUUUUAGUGUUUGCCAUUCUAGGCACAACUAUAUCAGCAUUCGUAAUAGGUUUCGGAAUAUACUUUCUUGGACUAGCAGAUGUGGUGUAUAGGUUAGGAUUCGUAGAAUCCUUUGCAUUCGGCUCUCUUAUAUCAGCUGUAGAUCCAGUUGCGACAGUUGCGAUUUUCCACGCACUGAACGUGGACCCAGUGUUAAAUAUGUUGGUUUUCGGAGAGAGUAUUUUGAACGAUGCAAUUGCUAUCGUUUUGACAAACGCCGCUUUGGAAUCAAAUAACCCUCUCAUGAGCACCGGGGAGGCGAUUGUGCUGGGGAUCCAACGUUUCUGUUUAAUGUUUUUCGCGUCUGCAGGUAUCGGGGUGGUUUUCGCUCUUGUAAGUGCACUACUGUUGAAGCAUGUCGAUCUUAGGAAAAAUCCGUCCUUGGAAUUUGGAAUGAUGCUAGUGUUUACUUAUGCACCGUAUGUUCUAGCCGAAGGAAUACAUUUAUCUGGGAUAAUGGCAAUUCUUUUCUGUGGAAUAGUGAUGUCUCACUAUACACAUUUUAACCUCUCGACAGUCACUCAAAUCACGAUGCAGCAGACACUUAGGACAUUGGCUUUCAUCGCAGAGACGUGCGUUUUCGCUUACCUAGGUCUCGCUUUGUUUAGCUUCAAGCACAGGGUGGAACCGGCUUUGAUAGUGUGGAGUAUCAUAUUGUCUCUAAUAGGAAGGGCGUGUAAUAUUUUUCCAUUGGCGAUACUAGUUAAUAGGUUUAGAGAGCAUCAGAUAACAAAGAAAAUGAUGUUUAUUAUGUGGUUCAGCGGCUUGAGGGGAGCCAUUUCAUAUGCCCUAUCGCUUCACUUAAACUUCAGCGAUGAGACGAGACAUGUGAUUAUAACGACAACCUUGAUUAUCGUUCUUGUGACCACGUUAUUUUUUGGAGGAUCAACAAUGCCUUUAUUGAAAUUCAUGCAAGCAACGAAAAAUCCGUCCAGGCGCCUGAAAAGGCGUAAGAAAGACAGGGAAGUGACAUUGAGCAAAACCAGGGAAUGGGGACAGGCCCUCGAUUCAGAGCAUCUAUCUGAAACGACGGAGGGCGAGAUGGAGGUGUCGUUCGUCUCAGAUCGCAUAAAAGGAUUCGUUAAAUAUGACUUGAAGUACUUCAUACCGUUUUUCACCAGAAGGUUUACCCAGCAGGAGUUAAAAGAUUGCAAGAGCCAGAUGACGGAUCUAACAAACCAGUGGUACCAAGCGAUAAGGAUAUCGCCCGAUCAGUCGGACGAGGAGAGUGGUAACACGGCUCGUUCUAGCAUAUCAAGUAUCGUUCGCUGACCGUCAAAGAGGCCCGAGAAGUGUCCGUUAGUUUGUAACCAUAAGUGAUAGAAAAGAUUUCUCAAAUAAUUUGUUGCAUUAAAGUUUUGCCGUGCAAACGGAGACAUUGACGGUUUGUGCAAUUUAGUGUUACCGUGAAUGUUUCUACUUUGUUCAGCAAAAUUUGUGUUGUCGAAAUAUUUUUACGGACAUUCCAAAUUGUUAAAAUUACUUACGUAGGUAUUCUGUCAAGUUAUUUUUGUUUUUACACGUUUUUGUUCUAUCUCGAUAAUACUGGAACUCAUUUGGUAAAGUGGUUAUAAACAUAUAUUUUUACAAAAAAAAAAUGUAACGUGAUAUAUGUCGUUAGUAGCAAAGUUAUUUAUUAAAUGUAAUAAAAUAUUAAUGGCCUUACUUAAAAUAUUUAUUUCAACCUCGUGUAACUGCAUAAUAUUAAAUAUUGUAGCGCUAGAUAUAUGAAAUUGAAUAAACUGGAAAUGUGACCUU